AUGUCCUCCAAAGCUCAUUCCACAGGCCUCAGAGCCAAGCACCGCCAGCCCUCACCCCGAAAGCAGAGUUUGCCACUCCCAAAAGCCAAUGCUGAAGCCAUCAACUUCCUCAAAUCCAUCCAACCUAAGGACCUGCAGCUGCUAGUCUUCUCCGAGACUCUGGCCAUGGUCUCAGACACAGGGGAGCCCCUGGGAGAGCUGACCAUUGACGUGCAGAAAGGGAAAUACAGAGACGAACUCGGGGUCAUCUCAUACUGCCUCAUCGUCCAUGCCCUCAACCGUGGCUUCUUGGACAACCUGCUCUGUGGAAACUCCCUUCUGGGCUAUCUCUCAGGAAAAAUGGAGAUCAUGGAACAACAUAGUCAUGAGUUUAUCAAGCUCCUUGUCCUCCCGAUGGAACGGAAAACAAGUUUAGUGAGGCAGGAAGAUCAGCUGGCCAUGACCAGGAUUGUCAAGGAGGGGGAGGAAAUGAAGACCGAAGUGACUUUCUUCCCCUGGAACUCAACUGCCGGCUUCAUCUCUGAGGCUGCCAACCUGGUGAUUCUGAGGGUGAUGGCCUGGCGGCAGAUGGUGCCCAGCAAUGCCCGCUUCCUGGCCUUGGACACGGAGGGGAAACUCUGCUAUUCCACCUACCAAGCCCUGGGCUUCCAGACAAUCCAGGUGGGCCAUCAGCAGGCGGAAGUGUUCAUCGUGGAGCAGACAGUACACUCGGAUGAGGGCAUCCCCAUGUCCUGCCAGUUCUACCUUUUCUCUGAUGGGCACCUGGCCAAGAGAGUCCAGGUGGGCUCCCCUGGGUGCUGCAUCAUCACCAAGAUGCCCAUCUUGAGGGAGCAGGAUGAGAUUGAGCCUCCUCCAGUGUUUGAGAAGAAGCCCCUGGCGUGGGAGGAAGACAUGGAGCUCUACUCUAAGUUCAUGGACCGAAAGGAGGAGCUCCGACUCAGCCACAACAGCUACAUGCUACACCACCCUGAGGCCCACGCGCUCAUCUCGGACUUCCUGCUCUUCCUGCUGCUGCGCCAGCCUGCGGACGUGGUCACCUUCGCCGCCGAGUACUUCGGGCCUUUCUCGGUUCGCCGCCAGCCGACCCCCGCCCUGCCCUCCUCCAACCGACCCAGCCCUUUCCGCUCGCUGGCCCCAGAGCCGUCCUCCAGCUGCGGGUUCACGCCCGCGUCAGGGGAGGGCUAG